CCUCGCCUCCCUUUCUUCCUUCUCAGCUUGGGAACCGACACCUCCAACCACGCAAGCUGGGGAGGGGGCGCUCAGAGGAGGGAGAGGGUCGUCUCCUCGUUCCAGUUCCUGAGGCGGCCCGGAGGAAGCGCGUCCGAGGCGGCGGCGGCGAGCCCGAGGAGCGGCCGAGCCCCGUCCCGGAGCAGCCGGGCGGGCGGGAUGAAGAGGGGGCUCCCCCGGCCGCGGCCACGACGACGGCGGCGGCCCCACCAGCUAGGCCCCGCCGCGGCGCUGCCAUGGAAACGGGCGGCGACGGCGGCCGCCGAGGGACACAAAGGCUGCCGGAGCGGCGCUUGAGGCGCGAGCGGGCCGCGCCGCUGCUGAAGGAGGGAGCCGCCGCCGCUACCGCCAUGGAGCUGGGAGGCGGCCCGAGCCAGGCGGCGGCUUCCCCGCCGCGCUACCGCCUGGUGGCCGAGAUCGGGCGCGGCGCCUACGGCGUGGUGUACGAGGCCGUGUCGGGCCGCAGCGGGGCCCGCCUGGCCGUCAAGCGCAUCCGCUGCGACGCGCCCGAGAACGUGGAGCUGGCGCUGGCCGAGUUCUGGGCCCUGACCAGCCUCCGCCGCCGACACCCCAACGUGGUGCGCUUCGAGGAGUGCGUCCUGCAGAGAGACGGCCUCGGGCAGCGCAUGAGCCACGGCAACAAGCAGAGCGCCCUCUACCUCCGCCUCGUCGAGACCUCCCUCAAAGGUGAGAGGAUCCUGGGCUAUGCUGAAGAACCUUGUUAUCUCUGGUUCGUCAUGGAGUACUGCGAAGGGGGAGACCUGAACCAGUACAUCCUUUCCCGCAGGCCGGACCCGGCCACCAACAAGAGUUUCAUGUUGCAGCUGACGAGCGCCAUUGCCUUCCUUCACAAGAACCACAUUGUGCACAGAGACCUGAAGCCGGACAACAUCCUCAUCACGGAGCAGUCGGGCGCUCCUGUCCUCAAGGUGGCAGACUUUGGGCUCAGCAAGGUGUGCGCCGGCUUGACUGCUCGAGGCAAGGACGGGGGGAACGAUAACAAAAAUGUGAAUGUGAACAAAUACUGGCUGUCUUCGGCUUGCGGCUCAGACUUCUACAUGGCUCCUGAGGUCUGGGAGGGGCACUACACUGCCAAGGCGGACAUCUUUGCCCUGGGCAUCAUCAUCUGGGCAAUGAUUGAGAGGAUAACGUUCAUCGAUGCCGAGACCAAGAAGGAGCUGCUGGGGACCUACAUCAAGCAGGGGACUGAGAUUGUGCCCGUUGGGGAGGCGCUGCUAGAAAACCCAAAGAUGGAGUUGCACAUCCCCCAGAAACGCAGGACUUCCAUGUCCGAGGGGAUCAAGCAGCUCUUGAAAGACAUGUUGGCUGCUAACCCGCAGGACCGACCCGAUGCCUUUGAGCUUGAAUCCAGGAUGGACCAGGUUACUUGUGCUGCUUAAACUCAGGUCAAAGUGUUGGUGUGCUUUGAAAACUGGGGGACCUACAAUCUCCACGACUUACAUGCAUAGAGGAAAACUGAGGAGGCUCCAGGCCGAUCACCGGGAUCUCUGGCGACGUUAAGCUUCGAGAUUCUUCUUAAAAGUCACACGAGAGGAGCAGGAGCUGUUGUAACCCAUUUCAUUAUUGAGACUCUUAAAAGUUUAUCAAAUUUAUGUUCCCCCCUUCCUCUCCCCUUGUUCCCUUUCCCCUUCCCCUCGCUUCUGCUCACUCAGCUUUGCUGACCAACUAAAUCUGUGCACAUA